AUGCGGCCAUUUUGUGCUGGAGCGCAGCACGCAGUUCAGCUGUGGGGCCAUGGGGGCAUAACAUGCAUGGAGGGGACAAGAUUGGUGGGUGCCUUGGCCUUUGCACAGGAAUCGCUGCAGGAGCCGCUGACAGACGAGGAGCUCAAGCAAUGUUGGUGGGAAGACACGCUGUGCCUCGCAUACGGACGAAGCGGAGAAGGUCAGGUAGCGGGCGAGGAGCGCGAAAAGGCUUGGCACGGCUCCUCCGGAGCCAAGCACUUCCCAGGGAAGGCCCCACCUGUGGUGCUAUGUUCCAAGGGCAAUGCCAACUUCUUGCCCAACCAGGACAACUUCUGCAUCGCCUACUUGAAGAAUGGCUGGACGCUGGCAAUCUGUGCAGACGGGCAUGGUAUUUACGGGCAAUUGAUAUCUACGCGAGUGGUUCAGACGCUGGCGUACGCAGUGGUUCAUGAGCUUGCCGGACAAGAGGAGCAUCAAUUCAUCCCAGCCCUGGAGGCUGCCUUCGACUUUGUGCAGAAGGAUUUGCACUCCCAUGCGACCAAGUUUGGCUGGGAUUGCGAGGGGAGUGGUUCUGCUAUCGCCAUGGCAUUGUACAAGGGCAGCACCGUCUUCAUGGCUCACUGUGGAGACUGCAGGUGUGUCAUCGGGCUAGAGCAUACUGGCGGCUUGGUUUUUGCCACACAGGACCACAAGCCCGACGUCAUGUCAGAGCAGGAGCGUAUCGACGCUGCGGGUGGAGAGGUGCGAUCUCAAAUCUACCCCGAUGGCUGGGUGGUUCAUCGCGUCUUCGCGCGCGGGCAGGAGCUGCCUGGGCUGUGCAAGUCCAGGUCCCUGGGUGACCUGCUGGCGAAGGAGGUUGGCGUGACUGCGGUUCCGGACGUGGCGGUGGUGGAGGUCAAGCUGGCAAGGAAGCCCUUCAUUCUGCUGGCAAGUGAUGGCAUCUGGGAAUUUCUGGACUCAGAGUUCGUCGUGAAGGCAAUCGCAAAGAUCUUGGCAACGGAUGGUCCUUCCAGGACACUACAAAAGCUUCAGCGCGAAGCACGAAAACGCUGGAGACAGGAAGAGGGCGAAACAUGCGAUGAUACUACCGCCAUCCUGAUCAGGCUGUGA